CGACUUCAAAAAAGGAGGAGAUUCUCAAUUCGACGCAAAAUGUGGCAACCAGUGCUAUUUGUAUUAGCAAUUCUUAGUGCAGUUUGUAUGUCAGAAGCCUAUAGAAUUUUACUUACAGUAGCGACCCCCAGUAAAAGCCACGGCAUUUUGGCUGAAGGACUCAUUAGGCAUUUAACCGAAGCUGGCCAUGAGAUUACGUACAUAUUCUGCAUUCCACCAGAGAAGCCUUUGCCAGGUGUAAAACUAAUCGAUGUUAGUGACAACAUGGUCCUUCCAGUCAAUAUAAUAAACCUGAAGAAUAUAUUGGACAAAACAUCUGAUUUAAGUGAAGCGACUGGGUUUGUCCCAUUAAUUUUAGAACAAUCCAAACGUACCAUAGAGCAUCCAAAUGUUCAAAAACUGAUUAAAGAUACAAGCCAACAGUUCGACGUCGUUAUUAUGGAGUUUUUGUAUAAUACUUUAUACGCUGGGUUUUCGGGACUUUACGACUGCCCCCUUAUCUGGUUCUCCCCAACGAACCCCUGUUCCAGUUUAUUUGAGCUAAUAGACGAGCCAACCAACCCUGCAUAUAGUGUCGGGAUAUGGUCAACCAACGUUCCACCCAUGAGCUUCACACAACGAUUUGAAGAGUUGAUCAGUUAUUUGAACAACAAACUUAUACGAAUAUUCUGGUCAUCAAGAUUCGACAAUGAGGAAUACGAGAAACAUUUUGCACCGCUAAUACGCGAGAGAAGAAACAUCGCACCUUCAUUUGAAACUUUAGCGUACAACGGAUCUCUAGUCCUGAGCAACUCACACCCGUCUAUGAGUGGGGCUGUGAGAGCGCCUCAGAACUUUAUAUCUAUCGGAGGGUUUCAUAUUGACCGGAAUGUUAAACCAUUAACACAGGAAUUCCAAAAACUUAUGGAUGACGCAAAGUACGGCGUCAUCUACUUCAGUAUGGGUUCCAAUUUUAGAAGCAAGGAUUUGCCGAGCGAAAUAAAAAGAGACUUGUUGAAUAUGUUCGGAAAACUGAAGCAAACAGUUGUAUGGAAGUUCGAAGAGGAUUUGCCAGACCGACCCAGCAAUGUUCACAUUGUACCGUGGGCUCCACAACAAAGUAUAUUAGCACAUAAGAACUGUAUCAUAUUCAUCACUCACGGUGGUCUCCUGUCAACAACUGAAACAAUACAUUAUGGUGUGCCCAUCAUAGGGGUACCAGUGUUUUAUGAUCAGUUCGUAAACGUUGGAAGAGCCGUCAGUAUGGGUUUCGCGAAGAGAGUCGAUUUGACCUACGAGUUUGCCAAAGAUCUGGAGUUAGCGAUCCAGGAUAUACUUGGUAACCCUAAAUACACCACAAAAGUGCACGAAUUAUCAGAAAUAUACCACGACAGGACAGUUCCUCCAGGAAAAGAGUUGGUCCACUGGGUAGAACACGUCAUCAAAACGCGAGGCGCACCGCAUUUACGCUCUCCUGGGUUUAUGAUACCCUGGUAUCAGAAGUUGUAUCUAGAUCUUGUCCUGGUCGUAUUAAUAAUAGUUUUAUUAUUAAAGUAUACUUUCGGGCUUUUGUUAUAUAAACUUAAAAAGACUAAUUCGGUAAGAAGUCGAAAAGAGAAAAAUAAAUGACACUAAACGGUUGCCAUAAUUUAGUAAUUAUUAAAUAAAAAAAUAAACAA